AUGGCAGGGACAGCACAGCAGCUGAGUAUCGAAAGGGGGAUCCGGACACGACGGGCUGAAUGGCCACUGCUUUUACCCGGAUCAUUCCCACCAUCUGUGAGCCGUUGGUCCGCCGAGCGGGAGGGGGAGCGGCGGCUGGAGGUCCGCCGAGCGGGAGGGGGAGCGGCGGCUGGAGGUCCGCCGAGCGGGAGGGGGAGCGGCGGCUGGAGGUCCGCCGAGCGGGCGGGGGAGCGGCGGCUGGAGGUCCGCCGAGCGGGCGGGGGAGCGGCGGCUAAAAUGGCGCGGAAGGGCGAGUUUUGGUCGGAGCUGCGAGCUCUGAAUUGGAGCGGCGGCCGUCGGCGACUCUUCGGGGCCGGCUUUGUGUGUGGGUCGGUCCUGGGCUCCUUCGGCUGCGCGCUGGUUGUGCACUGGACCCGCCGGCGGCUGCACGACGAAGAGAAGGUUGAGGGAGAGCACUUGGAGGACAACCUGCUGGAAAAGUUUGGCCUGCCUCUGCUUGGUUCAGACGUCCGUUAUUUCACCAAUCACAUCUCCUCGUAUGAUCAGGCCAAGAGGACACCCAGAUGGGUUCUCGAGCACAUCUCGAAAGAAAAGGUGCAAGGAACAGCUGAUCGGAAACACUGCAAGUUUAAACCAGACCUUGCUGUGCCACCCUGUUUCAGCGCCACCAAUGAGGACUACAUCAACAGUGGCUGGAGCCGAGGACACAUGGUUCCAGCAGGAGACAACAAGUACUCACUGAAAGCUAUGGCAGACACCUUCUAUCUAUCCAACAUUGUACCUCAAAAUUAUGAAAACAAUGCUGGCUUCUGGAACCGGUUGGAGAUAUACUGCCGAGAGCUGACCCAGCGGUACAAAAACAUUUGGGUCAUUUCAGGCCCUCUGACUCUACCAACAACAGGAGCUGAUGGAAAGAAAACCGUUACCUAUCAGGUAAUAGGGUCAAAUGAGGUUGCUGUACCAACACACCUGUACAAAGUCAUCCUCGCACAAAAGGACAAUGCAUCAUCUCCACCAUUGUCACUGGGAGCCUUUGUCGUACCUAAUGAACCAAUCGGCUUUGAGCAUCAGUUGGCUGAGUACCAAGUGAAUCUGCAGACGCUGGAGAAGAUGGCCGGGCUCACGUUUUUCCCAGUCCUGGACAAGAUCAGCCAGUGCUGUGACCUCUGUGAAGCAGACACUUGCCAGCUGCUCGAUGCCAGGGAGUUCACUCUGUACAUUGCUGCACGAAAAGCUAGAAAUGCCCGGACUUUGCACAGAUUGGAGACAGUCAUGGGUGAACUCCGGGAAAGUGGGAUCGAGCCAGACAAGUACCUGGUGGAUCUGUACCAGCAGAAAAAGCAGGAGCUGGAACUGAAAGAACCAAGCAAAACCCAAGCAGCCAAGGGUGGAUAAGACAAGUCAAAGUCUCGAGUAGAGCUCCGGACUGAAACAAUGGCAUUUUAUGUCAUACCGCACAGAAACAGACCCUUUGGCCCAAAACAUCUGGGCUGAAUCAUUUUGUACACCCAUAUUGAUCCCAUAUCUGUCAUCUAAAUACCUCGAGUGUAGUAAUUAUAUUUGAAUCCACUACAUCCCCAGCAGCGAGUUCCAUAUUUCUCAAAACAAACAUACAAUGCCUAUAACAAGUAUUCACCACCCCCCCCCCCCCAGGAAGUUUUCAUGUUUCAUUGUUUUAUAACAUUGUUUCACAAUAGAUUUAAUUCGGCUUUUUUGACACUUACUUUAUGCCUACUGGCAUGUAGGACUGUGACGAAGGUCCUCCACUCCUGUUUGUUCUGGGCUAGCUUCUAAAUGGUACCCCAGGUGUAGUUCAGGGUCUUCAGCUCUCCCUCUACAGUUUGACGCCAGGUACUCUUGGGUCUUCCUCUUUCCCUCUGGUGUCCAAUGGAGGGCUGUAUGUGUGAUGUUAUCAGGUUCCCUCCUAAGCAUAUCCUUCAUCAGCUCCAUUGCCCUCUCAUGGGGAUGGUUUCAAUGCUCUCUUGAUAGCAUUGAGCAAGUAGUUCAUCAUUUGAGAUGAUGUUUGGUCAGAAUAUUCUUAAGAUUCUUCUCAGGUUCUUUGUGUGGAAGACUGACAACUUAGUGAGAUUGCUUCCUGUCAUUCUCCAGCAUUCUGAUCCAUAGAGGAGGGUAGAAAGAACACAGCUCUGAUACAUUUUUAGCUUGGUCUUGAUGUUCUACUGUUGGGACCUCGAUAUGUUGCUGAGCAUUCUGAAGGCAUUUCUGGCCUUGCUUAGACAGUUCCUGAUAUCGUUGCCUGCCCCUCUGUCGUGUCAACAGUGCUGUCCAGGUAGGUGAACUCCUCUGUCAUAGAAUGGUCUUCUCCAUUUACUCAGAUUGUUAAGGAGUAAGCCAAUGAAAUACGGCAGGGGGAUUAAUUUCUUUCCAAUUCAACAAAAUAGAUCUUCUAGCCAUUAAUGUAAGAAAUGCAAUCAUUCGACAAGCAGAAGAAAAUAAAUGGUAAACCAAAAAUUGUAGUAAUGGGAUGAGGUUGUAAAUCAAUGUUCAAUACCGUGGAAAUAAUAUCGAAAAUGUCUUUCCAAUAUUUUUUCAAAAGUGGACGUGACCAAAACAUAUGAGUUAAAGACGCUAUCUCAGAAUGAUAUCUGUCACAUAUAGGAUUUAUAUGGGAAUAAAAACGAGCCAAUUUAUCCUUGGACAUAUGAGCGCUGUGCACAACUUUAAACUGUAUUAAUUUGGAGAAAAUUAGAAGUCUUGUAUUUGACCCUUCUAUUAAUUUUGAAAAGACAUGGAGACCAUUUAUUCAAUAUUUUCAUAUGAUGUAAUUUGACCCUGUUCCAAUCCUAUUCGUUUUUUUCGGUUUUGAUUAUACAUAUGUUGAGAGGAUACGAGUUGGCAACACCGAUGAUUUUGUACUUUUUUUAAUAGAUACUAUAAACAGCCAAAUAUUUAAUUAUUUUUUCUCCUUUUUUUUCUUUAUUAGUGUUAGGUUGUUAGAUUAGUUUUUCUUAGGGUUAAUUUUUUUUCUUUUUCUCUUUUUAAUAUGAUAUAUCUAGUUUUGUUCUGUUUAUAUGAUAUUUGUAUCAUUCAUGAUUUGGGAAGAUUUAACUAUAUUGUAACUAUUGCUUGUGUAUCCUUUCAUGUUCAGUGUAAUCCCACUAUGUAUUAAUCUUAUCAUAUUGAUAUUAAUAAUAAUAAUAAAGGAUUGUUGAGGAGUUUGAGAUGUUCAAAGUCAUCACCGUUUUCUACUCUUUAGGCCAAUCUGCUGAGCAAAAUCACAGAGGCACGAUGUUUUUUCUUGUAUGUGCUGGUGAGUGUGGGAGACCAGAACCAGGUCAUCAGCAAAGUUGAGCUCUUCCAAUGCUGAGAAGAGGGUCCAUUGUAUGCCUCUUGUCUGAUCUUCAGUUGUGUUGCAUCACCCAAUCAAUGGCAACAUUAAAGAGUGCCAACAGCACACAUCCUCGUCUCAUUCGUCUUCACUUCAAAGCUGUAAUCACCGUUUUCAACUCUACAUUUAAAAUUGGCAUAAAAACUCUUAAUGAGAAGAACUAUCUGUUGUGGGAUCCCAUACAUGCACAAUAUAUGCCAAAGGCUGUUUCUGUUGAUGCUAUCUAAGGCUUUCUCGAAGUCCACGAAGUUGAUUUAGAGCUGUCUCUGCCACUCUGUACACUGCAAUGCCCCAACCUACAUCUUGUUAAUUUCACAUUAUCUAAUAUCUAGAUCUUCAUUCUAAUCUUGAUGAUUCUUCUAUGGACAGGUUUCCACUCUAUUAAACUCCUCUCUGCUCCCUUCUUUAGGAUGAUGGCUACUCCAUCACAGUGUUGGUUAUUGACCCUUCCUGAGUACAGCACUGUCCCUCAGUACUGGUCUUGAUUCUCCCUGAUCCUGUCCAUCUACUUUCACUUAUUCCAAGGAUAUGUAGGUUGUAACGUCUCAUCUCUGAUGUAGACUCUGCAAGUUUUCCUGUGUCAUACAUUGUUUGCAUAUUCUAAAAUCCUAUCUUGGUCCUGCAUUUGGCGUUCAGAACUUCCGUCUUCCUGUCAGUGACUUCCUUUCAGCUCUCACCACUGUCAUUCAUACAAGUAUCUACCGAUGACUCUGCAAGCCCAUCACACCGAGUAGUUUUGGUUCCUUUUGUUGCUGUUUCCGUAACAAAAGUCUUUUUCCGGGGCUGGGUUGUUAGCCCUGUGCCCAACCCCCAACCUGGUGGACCAGUGGAUCACUCUUAGUCUGGCCUCUACUCUUCGACCUGUCCAGCUGGGUGACCCUACCAGGAGACGAAUCUCCCACCAGCAUAGCUCUCAGGGUCAAUGAAACACGCAAGCCCCCCGACCACUUCAAGGUUGCAAUCCUACAGAGAGUUUUUUGACACCGAUCAAUGGAAAAAGACUCUUCUGGGUCAAAAUGAAAACAAAUUUCUACAAAUUGGUCUAAAUUUAUAACAAUUAUUAAACAUAAAAUAAUUUAUUGUAUAAUUACUCAACUUCUUCAAGUCAGUAUAUAGUAGAUGCACCUUGGCGGCAAUUACAGCCUUGAGCCUGUGUGGAUAGGUCAUUAUUAGCUUUGCACAUUUGGACAUUGCAAUUUCCCCCCAUUCUUCUUUACAAAACUGCUCGAACCCUUAGCAGUUUGCAUAGGGAUCAGCUGAACAGCCCUUUUCAAGUCCAGCCACAAAUUCUCAAUUGGAUUGGGGUCUGGACUCUGACUUGGCCACUCCAGGACAUUAACUUUGUUGUUUUUAAGCCAUUCCUGUAUAAGCUUUGGCUUUAUGCUUGAGAUCAUUCCUCUUGCCAGAAAACACAUCUUCUCUCAAGUCAAAGUUCUCUUACAGACUGCAUUAAGAUUUCCCUGCAUUCACUUUACCCUCUACCUUCACAAGCCUUCCAGAGCCUGCUGCAGUGAAGCAUCCCCACAGCAUGAUGCAGCCAGCCAUCACUGUGCUUCACGGUAGGGAUGGUGUGUUUUUGAUGAUGUGCGGUGUUUGGCUUACACCAAACAUAGCGUUUAGUCUGAUAGCCAAAAAGCUCAAUUUUGGUUUCAUCAGACCAUAGAACCUUCCAGCUGACUUCAGAGUCUCCUACAUGCCUUCUGGCAACUCUAGCUGAGAUUUCAAGAGUUUUUUCAACAGUGGCUUUACCUUUGCCACUCUCCCAUAAAGCUGCGACUGGUGAAGCACCUGGGCAACAGUUGUAUGUGCAGUCUCUCCCAUCUCUGUCUGAAGCUUGUAACUCCUCUGGAGUUGUCAUAGGUUUCUUGGUGGCCCUCCUCACUAGUCCCCUUCAUGCUCGGUCACUCAGUUUUUGAGGGCGACCUGCUCGAGGCAGAUUUACAGCUGUGUCAUACUCCUUCCUUUUCUUGAUGUUUUUUUUUUCCUUGAUGAUUGACAACUGUUCUACAAGGGAUAUUCAGUGACUUGGAAAUUUUCUUGUAUCCAUCUCCUGGACUUGUGCUAUUCAAUAACUUUUUCGUGGAGUUGCUGUGUCUUCAUGGUGUAGUUUUUGCCAGGAUACCGACUCAUCAGCAGUUGGACCUUCCAGAUACAGGGUGUAUUUUUACUACAAUCAAUUGAAACACCUUUACUGCACAUAGGUCUCCAAAUACAGAUCUCCAUUUAACUAAUUACGUGACUUACAAGACUACUUGGCUGCACCAGUGAUGAUUUGUUGUGUCAUAUUAAAGGGGGUGAAUACUUAAACAAUCAAUUAUUUUUCAUUCUAUAUUUGUAAUUAGUUUAGAUCACUAUGUAGGGCUCUGUUUUCAUUGAUACAAGGAAGUCUUUUUCUGUUGAUCAGUGCAAAAAAAAACCCCAAAUUAAAUCCACUGUGAUUCAAUGUUGUAAAACAUGAAAACUUCCGGGAGGAGGGGUGAAUGCUUUUUAUAGGCACUGUAUAUAUAUUUUAGGGCUUGCCAAAUGGUGCUAAAUAUGUUGUUUGUAGUAUAAUGUGUGUAGUAUUGUAUCUGGUUUGUACCAGGAAGCUCUAGCUUAUGUCCAAUUCUGCGUUAAUUUGGUUAUGUACAGAGAAAGAUGGUGUUAAAACUUUUUCUUCAAAUGCAUCCAUAGGUAAGUAUUUUACUUAAUUAUUUGAAUUAUAUUUUUACAGCCAGUGACUGGUUACAUGUACGCAUUUACAACCUUUUCAAAAAAAGCUUGUAGUAUUGUUAUGUAACAUUCUGAAAGGAGUUUCAAGCCAGCCUUCUGAUUAUCAGUCAUCAAAAAGUGUUAAAACAGUGGAUGAAUCUGCGGAUGUAGCACUGGAGAUGUUGUAGUUUGGAGCAGUAAACAGAUUCCUGCACGACAUUAGAGGCAAAAGGAUAACCCUGCAUCAGUAUUGAGAAAGCCAAUGUAAUGAGGUGAGAGGGUGGGAUGAAAAUAGCUGGUAGGUGAUAGGUGAAACCAGUUGAGGUAUGAUGCCAGAUGAAGCCAGGCAGGAGGUGGGAGUUAAGGCUGGAAGAUCUGGGACCAGAUAAGGAGGGAUAAUGGGCAGAUAGAAUUGAUGGAGGAGUGGAUAUGGAAAAGAGUGUUCUGGAUGACCAUUUUGAACAGCACCUGCGGUCUGUCUGCAACGGCCAUCUUGAGCUUCUGGUUGGAUGUCAUUUCAUGUCCCCUUCCAACUCUCCCACUGAUCUGUCCUUGGCCUUCUCCAUUGACACAGCGAGGCUAAACACACAUUAGGAGAACAAUCACAUAUUCCACGGGUACACCACCAACCCAAUGGGAUGAAGGUUGAGUUUUCCAGUUUCAAUAGACAAUAGGUGCAGAAGUAGACCAUUCGGCCCCUCGAGCCUGCACCGCCAUUUUGAGAUCAUGGCUGAUCAAUUACUAUCAAUACCUGGUUCCUGCCUUGUCUCCAUAUCCCUUGAUUCCCCUAUCCAUAAGAUACCUAUCUAGCUCUUUCUUGAAAGCAUCCAGAUAAUUGGCCUCCACUGCCUUCCGAGGCAGUGCAUUCCACACCCCCACCACUCUCUGGGAGAAGAAGUUUUUCCUUAACCCUGUCCUAAAUGACCUACCCCUUAUUCUCAAACCAUGCCCUCUGGUACUGGACUCUCCCAGCAUCUGGAACAUAUUUCCUGCCUCUAUCUUGUCCAAUCCCUUAAUAAUCUUAUAUGUUGCAAUCAGAUCCCCUCUCAAUCUCCUUAACUCCAGCGUGUACAAGCCCAGUCUCUCUAAUCUCUCUGCGUAAGACAGUCCGGACAUCCCAGGAAUUAACCUCGUGAAUCUAUGCUGCACUUCCUCUACAGCCAGGAUGUCCUUCCUUAACCCUGGAGACCAAAACUGUACACAAUACUCCAGGUGUGGUCUCACCAGGGCUCUGUACAAAUGCAAGAGGAUUUCCUUGCUCUUGUACUCAAUUCCCUUUGUAAUAAAGGCCAACAUUCCAUAAGCCUUCUUCACUGCCUGCUGCACUUGCUCAUUCACCUUCAGUGACUGAUUACAAGGACUCCGAGAUCUCUUUGUAUUUCUCCCUUACCCAACUCUACACUGUUCAGAUAAUAAUCUGCCUUCCUGUUCUUACUCCCAAAGUGGAUAACAUUAUUCACAUUAAAUGCCAUCUGCCAAGUAUCUGCCCACUCACCCAGCCUAUCCAAGUCACCCUGAAUUCUCCUAACAUCCUCAUCACAUACUCACUGCAUUCUUUGCCCACUCCUGAUGGUGGAUCUCCAGAUGUCUCCAGUAACUCAUCAUCCCAUCUUGGGAAUACAUAGUCAUUCCUUCAUCAUCACUGGCUGAGUCCAGAAAUUCUCCAUUUGAACCUCUAAAGUGAAUCGAGAAUCAAAUGAACUGCAACAAUUCAAGAUGACAACCUACCAGCUCCUUAUGGGCACUUGAAAAGGAUUGUGAAUAGCAGUGUUGCAAUGUCUUUCUAAUAUCCUAGUGUUGUCUACUGUGGUCUGUGCUGGAUGAAUUACUCAAAACGUGGAAUAAGCUGAGGAGAAAAAUUUUUGCCCUUACUGAGCUGUUAUGGUGCCCUUUGUUUUCUGCGGUUUGACAUUUGAAUUUUUGAGUUUGAAAUUCAUGGGAACGGCUCAUCUUACUGACAUUCCUUCAGCAGAUGACUACGGCCUCUUAGUCGUUCUGUUUUGUUGUUUCCCUUGCUCAACCACAAAGUGGUGUAUAGGAUCACAAGGGACAGAGAUAGGAUGAAUACAUAUGAUCUUUUCCCCCCAGGGAAAAUGAAUCAAAACUGGCUGAGUCCAGAAACUCCCAUGACAGGGGAAAGAUUUGAAAUUUUACUGAGGUAUCAUGAGAAGCUUGGUUUUGCAUGCACUCCAUGCAGAUCACUUCAGGGCAUAAGUACUUUGAGGUAAUACUGGGGAUAAACAAUAACAGAAUGCACAAUACAGUGUUACAAGUGCAGUGACAAUUAAGGCACAAGGCCACGAUGAAGUAGACAACACGCAUUAGAAGAACAAUCACUCAUAUUCCACUUGGGUACACUACCAACCCAAUGGGAUGAAGGUUGUGUUUUCCAGUUUCAAGAGCUCAUACUCACUGUAUUCUUUGCCUACUACUGAUGGUGGAUCUCCAGAUGUCUCCAGUAACUCAUCAUCUCAUCUUGGGAAUACAUCAAGAGUUUGUAAUGUACAAGAGGUGGGCUCAACACACAGCAGGAUAGAAAUUCUCCCUGAGUCUGGUGUAGGCACAUUCAGGCUUUUAUAUCUUCUGUCUUAUAGGAAGGGAAGAGAGGAUGUUGGGGUGUGGUGGGG